CGCAGCUUUUCCACUGCCGCCUGUAGAUAUUGCAAUCUCCACGUAAACCAAAGCAGACAGCGCACCGUACGAGCUUCUACCUGCAACACAAAACCUUAGAGUUUAUCGCCCCAUUUGAGAAAGACAUCGUAACCAUACACAAUCAAAGAAAAUGGCAUCAACACGCCUCCGCCGCACAUUCCACUACCCCUCCGACUCCGAGGACAACGACGCCGUGGAGGCAGGCAUGGAUUUACAAGACCAAGAAACCCUAAUAACAACCCUCUCCGCCCGCGACACCUCCUCCACAAAGCUCUACACGCAGAUCCUGCUCCUCCUCCCCCUCGCACCCAUCGCACUGUAUAUACCCCGACUCUUCGGCGUCGCGACAAUCAUACCUAGCCUCCUCGCUAUAGCAAGCCUUCUCGCCUCGGCGUAUACGCUGUACUUCCUCCCGCUACCCCCAGCCACCUCCAGCAACACUUCCCCGACAGCGACAGCGGCGAACAAACCGAAGAUCUACGGCUCCCACGCCCGCAAAGACGCCACGAUCCCCGUCUUCCUCACGGCCCCGCAGUCUAAGGAAGUGCCGUACGUGUCUCCCGAUACGGCGGAGUACUUGCGCAGGUACGCGAUCCCCGUGAACGCGGCGCUGUGUGCUGCGUGGGCGGUUGCGGAGGCGCUGCUGGGCGGCGGGAGGUCGUGGAGGGAGGGGAUGAUGAUUGGUGGUGGGUAUGUUCCGGGGUUUGUGCUGGCGGUUGUGCUGUGGGCGAGGAGGGAGCUGCGGGUCGUGGAUAUGGGGGAGUUGGAGAGGGUGAGGUACGCUGGGAAGGGGUCGUGAGGAGAUGGGGGAAACGUCACGGAGUUGGAAGGUGUAUGUAGGAAUGAUGAUACCCCGUUAAUAAUAGAUAUAUCCACUUUUCAAUU